AGUCAAACUCCUCCUUCUCAUAAACCCCGUCCUUGUCCUCCUCAAUACGCGUUCUCUACCUUCCUCUCCUUCUUAUCUCUUUCUCAAUAAUACCAACAACAGCUCUCUGUCUCCCCGGGUUGUUCUUGUACUUUCUUUGUUUUAUCUACCACCAACACACUUCGAACACUUGUCCUCGUCCUCGUCCUCGUCCUCGUCCAUACAUACCACCGAUCUCUUUGUUUCUUUCACCCUCUCGGAUCUGUCUGUCUCGAGAACCUUCCUGAACACGUCAUUUCUCGUCGUACUAUAACCUUCUUGCGUGCUCUCUCCCCCAACCCUUCGCCACCACCACCACCACCACCUUAAUAUCCAUACGAAACCCUCCGUCUCUUCCACUACCUUUCUCUCACACACACCAUGUCAGACCUACGCAGCGAAGCCAAACCAUACCAACGAGACAAGAACCACAACCGCAAGUGGGCAAGAGGUGGAAAGGGCCAGGUGACCCAGCCCUGCACUCAGCACGAUGAACCCACGGCCAACUGCUACAAAUGUAUCGGCCGUCCCAAGGGUCAACACCUGACCGCCAGCGAGGCGAGACACAAACAGCACCACAAGAACCGAGUCACUUCCCAGACUGCCACCCUCGCCCGCAAGGUCUUUCGGAACGAAGUCGUCGACGCCCUCGACGGCCCCCUGGCCCACGUCUCCGACAACUCCGAGGAGGAAGAUGUCUCGGACGCAUCUGCGGCACCCAUCCCCUCCGAGGCGGAUUUCUUGUACAGCUACGACUCUCGCACCGGCCCUCGUGCCGGCUCGGACCUUCUCAGCAACGCCGUCUCCCAGGCCCUACGACGUUUUGAAAACAACGAGACCGACAAACUCAUCAAGAAGGAAUACGAUGUCGUCGAUGGCAAAGAAAUGGCCGAAAUCUCAACCGACGAGGACGAAUCCCUUGACCUUGAAUUUGAGAUGAUUGACCACACUCACUUGAAUUGAGUGUGUUGCGAUGGGGCCUCAAGGCGCUUGGUUCACCAACUUUGUGUGUGUGGUUUUCGAUUCUAAUAAUGCCACUACUUUCCUUUUCCUUUCUUUUUCUUCUCUGUUAGCAUCAAAGAUACCCCCGAGGAAACAUCAUUAGGGAAGCCGGAAUUUUGCUCCUCAUCAUAACGCAUUACGAGGAAAUUGGGAAAUCGGCGCUUCUUGAGGAUAUGAGAACUUCUUCCUUUUGGGACUAUACAGUCAGUACACAGUACUGGUAUGGGACACAAUGUUCCCUUGGGUUGGCUUGUUGGCGUUUAUUCUGGUAAACGAGGAAUUCCUACGAAUUCUUAGGAGCAGUAUGCGUGCCUGGGUUAUGAUUAUGCAGUACUCCGUACAGAGAUUAUUAUUAUUAUUAUCAUUUGAGAAUGACUAA